CGCAGUGAGAGAGGGAGAUGGAGACUUGCGACAGCCUUACAAAAUGGGCAGUCUCCAACGGCAUCAAGGUCAACGGCGUUGCGGCGCACAAAUUUCCCGGCAAGGGAUUGGGUAUUGUCGCCAAAAGGAGGCUUAAGGCUGGAGAAGUGAUAUUGGACAUUCCCAUGUCUGUGAUUCGGACGGGAGAGACAGUGCCAGCGACCAUCCUGAAUGCCGUCCAAGGAUGUAGUGUCAACGGCUACCUCGCCACGGAAAUGGCCAUGGACACAUCCGACAUUUAUGCCCUCUGGAGAACGACUCUGCCGUCCAUGGAGGAGUUGCACAAGUCGAUGCCGCUCUUCUGGCCGCCCGAGCUCCAAGACCUCCUGCCACCCCCGGCGCUGGCGCUUCUGAGAAAGCAGCAGGGCAAGGUCUCCCGGGACUGGAAUGCCGUUUCUGCCGCCUUCCCACAGCUCUCCUACGAUGCCUACCACUACUCUUGGCUUCUCGUGAGCACACGGACCUUCUAUUACACGCCUCCCGACAUGGAACCCGAAGACACCCCCGAAGCCGAGGAGUGCCUGGCGCUGGUUCCCUUUGGAGACUACUUCAACCACUCCGACGCCGGGUGCAAGGUCGCCUAUUCGGCAACAGGGUAUGAAUUCAAGGUGGACCACACCAUCGAGAAGGGCGAGGAGCUGUACAUCUCCUACGGCAGCCACCCGAACGACUUCUUGUUGGUCGAGUAUGGCUUCAUCCUCGAGGAGAACAAGUGGGACGAGGUGUCAUUGGACGCAGUCGUCUUGCCUCUUUUCUCAGAGAAGCAGAAAGGCAUGCUAGAAGAGGCGGGCUACCUGGGCAACUACGUGCUGGAGGCGCCAUCGAUGCAGGACGACGGGGUGGCUUGCUAUCGCACCCGAGUCGCACUCCGGUUGCUAUGCAUGCCUCUUGAAAAAUGGAACGGAUGUGUCACGCAUGGUGCCGACGACGACGACGAGUAUCAAAGCUCCGUGCACGAACUGCUCCGGCAACCAUUGAAGGCAUAUUUGGAGAUGGUGGACAGCAGCCUCGAGCAAAUCGCUCGCCUCAAAGUAGGGCUGCCUUCGCAAAAAGACGUGUUGAGACGUCGCUGGGAACAGAUAGGAAUGUACUUGACGGCCGCCAUCGAUAGAAUAGAGCAAUGACACGCAUACACUCUACCUGAGAUCCUAUCACAGAGGUAGAGGGCCAUUACUUGUGGG